ACAGGAAGAAGAAGAAGAAGAGACCUUCACCAUAUAAAUAUCCGGGUCCAUAGAAUCUAUAGCAAAUUUCCCCUUUUUUUUCUUUUUUUUUUAUUCCGAUUUUUUUUUUUCAUUUUCUUUUUUAAUUAUUAUUGGGGUUAAGAUAUCAAAUGCUGAAAUGGUGACAUAUAGUCUCCAAAAUCGUGGUGGUUUAUUCGCCAUGAUGGAGGAAGAAGAACCCAUCUUCCUUUAAGGUGUAGGAUUUUUCCAGGCUUUUACGGAAGGUGGUGUUUGACUUUGAAACUAAACACAAGUUUGUUUUAAGAGGUUGGAGGGUCUGGUGGUGGUGCUUCUUGGGUCCAUAUAAUAAUAACUAUAUUAUUAUUAACAAUAAUAGUGUUUGAUUAGAGGGAGGAAAGGGUCUGCGUUUUGAUGGGCUAUGGUGGGUUUCAGGGAAUUUUGGUUCUGAUGGAGAUGAGAAUAGUGUUUGAAUCACCACCUCUGGAUUAUUGACGCGUCUUUCCAAAGUGUUUGAAGGGUUUUCUGGUUUUUAGCUUGUAACAAAAGUUUGAAUAUUUGUUUAGCUCGCACGACUAGGCUGUUGUUGUUGUUGUUGUUGUUGUUGUGAAUGGGAUUGAAGAGAUUUGGUGUCUCAAACUGUGUAUUAGUAGUAAGAUUGUUUGAGGAGCGCCAAACUUGUUGUGACCCUUCUUCUCACUUUGAGGAGGAGGAGGAGGAGAAGAAGAUUAAGGAGGUGGUUUUGUGGGGAUAAAGAGUUGCUGGUUGUGGGUUUUCGGAGAAUUAGUGGGAAGAUAUGGAGGAAGAGGCUUAUUCUUGGAUUAGGAGAACGAAAUUCUCUCAUCGGUUUGAUUCACAUCGGUAUGAUGAUUCAAGAUUGGCCUCAAUUCCUUUAACCUUUCAGGAUUUUCAAAAAGAGCAGCUUGCAGGGUUGAAGUCAAGGCCUGUAGCAGCAGCAACACCAGCAGUAGCUCCUUCUAGGCAGAAGUCAAGCCCCAGUAAUUCAAAGAUUCAGAGGAACAGUCGUCUGUCUUCACCUAUUGGUCGAAAUCCAUUUGUCAACAAGCAGAGAUCUUUGUCUCCUGUGCCGGCGAGCAACAUUAGUGAUGUGUUUAAAGAAGCUCAGACUGAUACGAAGAGGUUUUCAACACCACACCCUAGGAGAGUACAAUCAGAUAAGGGAAUUAUGGGGAAGUUGUUCAGGAAGGAUUCACAAUCUAAGGGAUCACACCUGCCGCAUUCGUCUUCAAAUACUAGCCCCCUCAGGCACUUGUCUUCAAUGAAAGUCGGUGACAAAACGAGCAAAUCAAAGAGGAAGGAAUCGCCUUGGGCUAAGUAUUUUGAUCAUGGAGGUGGGAGAGUGAAUGCAGUGGAUGCUGCAGAUGAAUUUAGUGUUGAUUUGUCAAAGUUGUUUCUUGGUCUGAAGUUUGCUCAUGGAGCACAUAGCAGGCUUUAUCAUGGGAUUUACAAUGAGGAAGCUGUUGCAGUUAAGAUCAUCAGGGUACCAGAAGAUGAUGAAGGUGGAGUCUUGGCAGCUCGAUUGGAGAAACAAUUUAACAAAGAGGUUAAUCUUCUUUCUCGCCUCCACCAUAGAAAUAUCAUAAAGUUCGUUGCAGCUUGCAGAAAGCCUCCUGUUUAUUGUGUAGUCACAGAAUAUUUAGAUGAGGGUUCCUUGAGGGCUUACUUGCACAAACUUGAGUGCAAAUCUCUUCCUUUAGAGAAACUAAUUGCCAUUGCCUUGGACAUUGCUCGGGGAAUGGAAUACAUCCACUCGCAAGGAGUCAUUCACCGGGACCUUAAGCCUGAGAAUGUUCUUAUUGAUAAAGACUUUAGGCUGAAAAUUGCUGAUUUUGGCAUAGCAUGUGAGGAGGCAUACUGUGAUUCAUUGGCUGAUGACCCUGGAACUUACCGUUGGAUGGCCCCCGAAAUGAUUAAGCGUAAAUCCUAUGGGCGAAAGGUUGAUGUCUACAGUUUUGGACUCGUUUUGUGGGAACUAGUAGCCGGAACAAUCCCUUAUGAGGAGAUGAAUCCCAUUCAAGCGGCUUUUGCAGUUGUGAAUAAGAAUUUGAGGCCGGUUAUCCCAAAGAACUGUCCACCUGCUAUGCGAGCCUUGAUCGAGCAAUGCUGGUCAUUGCAGCCGGAUAAAAGACCCGAGUUUUGGCAGGUUGUAAAGGUGCUAGAACAAUUUGAGUCUUCCCUUGCCCGAGAUGGAACAUUGACGCUUGCACAGAAUUUGACUUGCCAAGAUCAUAAGAAGGGGAUGCUUCACUGGAUUCAAAAGCUUGGUCAGCAUCCAAAUAGUUCACCCAAGCUUGGUCAGCAUCCAUAUAGUUCACCCAUGCCUAAACCCAAGUUCUCUUAAGUGUGUUUCUUAUGACCUGCUUUUGUAGUGGUAUCGGAUCAGAUUGUAAUUAAAGAAAGGUUCGUUUUCCAAGCCUUUUUAUUUGUAUUCCUCCCAUGUCACAUUCAUGUGAAACAGUUUGAAAGUGGUCUAAUAGAAAUUGGUAGGCCUGCUUUUGAAGUAAAGCAUUUAUCUUUCCCACAUAAUA